AUGCAAGAGCGGGAUGAUCUCAACCGGGCUUUGGGGUCAUUAGCUCGUGAGAUCGGACAGAAUUUCUCCAGUUCCUUCGGCUCACUAGACCAGGUAGCCUGUGGAUCGGGGAAGCAGUCCUGGCGAGAAGCGUUCGUGACACUUUUAGAAGGCAUUCUUCGGGACUCUGAAGAUGCCUUUGUUCAUCUUCCCUAUGCGGAGAUUCGAAACCAAGUUCGUCGGCUGUCCCCUGCACUCGAGGAAAUCACGUCACCGCAACUAGUGAUUGUUGGACUAGGCCGACCGUCGCAGGUGGUGCUGAAUCCGGGGUCGAAGAAGCUCGCAGGGCUCCUAGGGCUUGAGAAUACUCUCUGGGGUGAUGUGCAUAUGGCGGAGAUCUUUGAGGCGCCGUCUCCCGCUGUGUUGGAGGGCUUUGGUACUCGACUGAAGGCAAAUAAGGCCCAGGUGGCCCGUCAAUUACUGUAUGCCUGCUAUCGUGCUGUGCACCAGGUUACGAUACACUACUACCGCGAUCAGGGAAUGGCCGCCGAGAUCGAUGCUAGGAGACGACUAACGUCGAUAUUAGCUGAAAUGGCCUCGGUAGACGGAAUUUGCACUUUAUGUUAA